GGUCUUUUCCAGUCCUAUGCAGUGGAAGUAGAUGUAAAGGAUGCCUCUAAUACUACUUGCCUGUAUGCAAGAUGGAUGAUGAGAUUCUUGAUAAAAUAUGAAACAAACAGUAGUGAUUAUAAAAACACAACCUUGAAUUUGCCAUCCAGUGUGACACACAAUGGAAGUGUCUGUGGUAAUGACACAGAGGCCGCGCUUCUGGCGAUACAAUUUGGAGAAGGUCACUCUUGGAGCAUUAACUUCACAAAAACUAAUGAAACGUUCCAGGGGGACUUCAUCACAUUUACCUACAACACCAAUGAUACUGCUGUAUUUCCUGGCGCUAAAAGAAAAGGACCAGUUACUGUUGCUGUUAAGGAUACUAUGCAUGCAGUUCCACUGAAUAACAUCUUCGUGUGUCAUAAUACUGACUUCUUUGAAGCAGAAAAUGUGACACAGAUUUUCUGGAAUGCUACUGUGCAGGCUUUUGUUCAGAAUGGCACAAUCAGUAAAAAAGAGUCUAGAUGUCCUGCUGAUACACCUACUUCUGCACCUCCUGUUCCGCCUACUGUUGCCAACACAACUACUGCAUCUACCACCACAUUAUCUCCUGCUCCGACCACUGCUCCCAAACCUGUGGAGAAUCCAGAGACAGGAAACUAUUCUCUUAAAAGUGGAAAUGCAACUUGUCUUCUGGCAACCGUGGGGCUGCAGCUGAAUGUUUCCCGAGACAAGCCUCUUCUGAUCAACAUCAAUCCAAAGACAACUAGCACAGAUGGUACAUGUGGUAACACAACAGCUACUCUGAAACUGAAUGAUGGAAAUAGCACAUUGAUUAGUUUCACAUUUGUUGUUAAAAAUGCACGUGCAAGUGUACAAAGAUUUUAUCUGAGAGAGGUGAAUGUUACACUGCUCAACAGUCUGAAUGGUUCUGUCAUUACAAAUGCAGAUAACAACAAUUUCAGCAAGUGGGAUGCUUUCCUUGGUAGUUCUUAUAUGUGCCGAAAAGAGCAAACUCUUGAAAUUAAUGAAGAUCUUCAGAUACAUACUUUUAAUCUAUGGGUUCAGCCAUUCCUCGUGAAGGCAAACAAGUUCUCUACAGCCGAGGAGUGUUCGCUGGAUGAUGACAGCAUUCUAAUCCCAAUUGUAGUUGGUGCUUCACUUGCUGUCUUGAUUGCCAUUAUAGUGGUUGCUUACAUAAUUGGCAGAAGAAAAAGCUAUGCUGGAUAUCAAACUUUGUGAAUCUAAAUGUGAUUCCUGUUCUGACGUCACACUAAACAAAGCAAGUACAAGUUCUUAAGUCCAAAAAAGACCCAAAACUUAGGAGUAAUUACAAGCCACAGCUAAUUGUUUAUCUCAGAUGAAGCAGAACUAAGUUUUUAGUUUUCCUGCUCUAAGAUGACGACGUGGGUUUCAUAGCUGUUUUGAAGAUGUCAAAUACUGGAUGAAUUGCUAGG